CUCUCCAUAAUUGCUAGAUUUAAAGCCUACCCAUUACUAUUAAAAAUCAUCCCUAUUUGUCAGAGGAAAGAAAGAUAGGGGAAUAAUUGAUUAAGUAAAACAAGAAAAAGAAAAAAAAUUGUACACAUAUAGCUAUUGAGAAUGGGAACUCUCAAAAAUAGGUUGAUUUUCUUUGUUUUAGUCACUCUAGUUUUAAGCAUAGAGGCCAAUAUUAGUGAGUUUGAUGAGGUGUGGCAGACUCGAGCUACGCAAGCAAAGAAAACUGCUCAGGAUUCCUAUAAUACUCAUCCUGAAACCGUCGCAGACAAUCUCAACAAACAUGUUCACAAGUCGGAUGAAGGUAGCAAUAGCACAAGGAGAGACUUGCACAAGUACAAUGGUCCAUGCAUGUCUACUAACCCUAUUGAUCGUUGUUGGAGAUGUGACCCAAACUGGGCUAAAAACCGCAUGAAGCUAGCUGAUUGUGUUCUCGGAUUCGGCCACCAUACAACUGGUGGCAAAGGUGGCAAAAUCUACGUAGUAACUGACCCUUCAGACGACGAUAUGGUGAAUCCUAAACCAGGAACACUGCGCCAUGCAGUCAUUCAACCAGAGCCACUUUGGAUCAUAUUUAAACAUCACAUGGUCAUUAGGCUUAACCAGGAACUUAUCAUGACAAGCAACAAGACAAUUGAUUCCAGAGGGCAACAAGUACACAUUGCCUUUGGUGCUAGUUUCAUGUUACAGUUCAUUAACAAUGUGAUUAUUCAUGGUCUUCAUAUCCAUGAUAUUAAGGCUGGUAAUGGUGGCCUAAUCAGAGACUCGAUCAAUCAUUAUGGUUUUCGAUCAAGAAGUGAUGGUGAUGGUAUUUCAAUCUUUGGAUCCACAAAUAUUUGGAUUGAUCAUGUUUCCAUGUCUAAUUGUGAUGAUGGACUCAUUGAUGCUGUCCAGGCUUCAACUGCUAUUACCAUUUCCAACUGCCAUUUCACUAACCAUAAUGAUGUUAUGUUGUUUGGAGCAAGUGAUAGCUACUCAGAGGACUCAAUUUUACAGAUAACACUUGCUUUUAAUCACUUUGGACAAGGAUUGAUCCAGAGGAUGCCAAGAGUGAGAUGGGGAUUUGUUCAUGCAGUCAACAAUGAUUACACUCACUGGCUAAUGUAUGCAAUUGGUGGAAGCCAACACCCUACCAUCCUCAGCCAGGGCAACCGGUUCAUCGCCCCGCCUAACCCUAAUGCAAAGGAGGUGACCAAAAGGGAGUAUUCACCUGAAAGUGUGUGGAAGAAUUGGGUGUGGAGAUCACAGGGAGAUCUGAUGAUGAACGGAGCGUUCUUUGUGGAAUCUGGAAAUCCCAAUCAUAUAUUCAUGAAGGGUCCUGAUAUGAUCCACCCUAGGCCAGGAUCAUAUGCAAGCAGGCUAACAAGAUUUUCAGGCUCUUUGAACUGCAUUGAAGGGAAGCCUUGUUAGAGCUGUCUGCACCAAGUUACUAAUAGAAAUAGGACCUGAAACUAUAGAAGUCAGUUUGCUCCCUUUCUCCUCUCAAAUGCAAAGCUGGUAGUAGAAGGGGAGAAUGAGUGUGAGCUAAGAUUCAAAUGCUUUUAGGUUUUUGAUGCUCUGUGCUUCUGUAAAUUCUUGAGUCGAUGUCCUUUUUCCUUCUACCAAUGUAAAAGUGAUAAAUCCAAUAAAAUCGCAAUUCGAAUUAA